AUGGAACUGCUUUAUAUUGUCUAUUGUGGAGCCAUGGGAGUCGUCGGAAUUCAUUCGCUGCUCUUCUUCUACCACCUCUUCCUCAGUCCCCUCCGUCACUUCCCCGGUCCAAAGCGAGAUGCUCUCUCCCAAUUGGUCUGGGUCUACUAUCUAGUCCAGGGCAACUCAUGCAAAUAUAUCGCCCGCCUCCAUGAAAAAUACGGUGAAGUGGUCCGCACCGCGUCGAAUGAGAUCUCCUUCACGACUGCCACCGCGUGGCAGGAGAUUUACGGAAAAAAAGCGAAAUGGCAGGAUAUCUAUGAGAAGAACGAGAUUCUCUAUGUAUUUGGACCGCAGCCAGUCCUGAACAUCUUCUUUUGCGCAAGCAGAGAGCAUGCAAGGAUACGGAAGCACAUUGCCCCGGCAUUCUCUGGAAAGGCCCUGAGUCAGCAGGAAGUUCUUAUCCGUGACAGCAUCCACCAACUCAUUCAGGCCUUGCGCACUCGCUCCGGAAAUGCCUCGUUUCCUGAUGAGAAUGGUGUAGUGAACAUGUCAGCAUGGACAACAUUCCAAGUGACAGAUGUACUGACAUCAAUGGCCUUUGGGAAAAGCUGGGGGACAUUAGAAUCGGGAGAAUAUCCCCAGUUCAUUGUGGACCUAUAUGGAACGCUGAAGGAUUCAACCAAGGUUCGUGCUGCGCAUCGAUUGAAGCCUUACCAUCACGUUAUCAAGCGGUUGGUCUCCAACGACCUGGGCAGAGCUUUUAUGGAAUACUUCGAGAGUGCCCAAAAAGCGUUAGAUAAGAGAUUAGUCGUCAAUGAUUCCCAGCGGAAAGACUUUGUGACGUAUGUUACCGACGGCCUUACCCCUGAGGAAUUGUUUGAAAAUUUGAACAUGCUUGUCGUGGCCGGUCUGGAUUCAACAGCGACAAUUCUCAAUGCGGCUAUCUACUAUAUCACGCACGACCUAUCCAGCUAUCAGAAGCUAGCUGAAGAGAUUCGCAGUGCCUUUCGCACAGAAAAGGACAUCACUAUUACUGGUGUAUCAGGCCUGAGAUAUCUGAAGGCGGUACUGGAUGAGACGAUGCGACUCCAUCCAAGUGUGCCCGUAGGUUUGCCACGUCUCGUUCCCAAAGGCGGUCGUUUCAUUGACGGUCACUGGGUUCCUGGGGGGACCUGGGUCUCCGUUACUCAGUAUGCGGCAUAUCGGUCUUCGAGAUACUUUUCGAAGCCCCAUGAAUUCAUCCCGGACCGAUGGAUGGACGAAUCCAAUUACGCCGGCGACAAUCGUUUUGUAUUCCAUCCAUUCUCGAUUGGAACGAGAAGCUGCAUUGGGAAAACCUUCGCCUACGCCAAUAUGCGUUUAGUCUUGGCUUUCCUUCUCUGGAAUUUCGAUCUCAAGUUCCAGCCGGGGAAUGAUGAUCCGGACUCUCUUAAGGAAUACGGGUUGUGGGAACACCGGCCUAUGUAUGUCCAGGUUCAGGAGCGACAGUGA